AUGGCUGCUGCUGCUCCUGCUUCUGCCCCCAAGGUUGAAGUCGCCGUUCCCGCGACUCCCCAGCUUUCUGGGCUCCAGCUCUACUCCAGAUUCGCCUUCGCUGGUGCUGUCUGCUGCUCCGUUACCCACGGUGCUCUCACUCCCGUCGAUGUCGUCAAGACCAGAAUCCAGCUUGACCCCGUUACCUACAACCGUGGUAUGAUCGGUGGUUUCAAGCAGGUCAUUGCCAAAGAGGGUGCUGGCGCUCUCCUGACUGGUUUCGGUCCUACCGCUGCCGGUUACUUCCUCCAGGGUGCUUUCAAGUUCGGUGGUUAUGAGUUCUUCAAGCAGCAGUGGAUCAACCAGCUUGGUCUUGACACUGCCCGUGAAUACCGCACUGCUAUCUACCUCGCCUCUGCUGCCACUGCCGAAUUCUUCGCCGAUAUUGCCCUCUGCCCUCUGGAAGCUACCCGUAUCCGUCUCGUCUCUCAGCCUGAAUUCGCUAGCGGUCUCCUGUCUGGUUUCACCAAGAUCCUCAAGAACGAGGGUAUCGGCGCUUUCUACUCUGGUUUCGGUCCCAUCCUCUUCAAGCAGGUCCCUUACACCAUGGCCAAGUUCGUCGCUUUCGAGAAGUUCUCCGAGGCUAUCUACAGCUUUGUCGACAAGAACACUCUCUCCGAUGGCGCUAAGACUGGUGUCAACCUUGGUUCUGGUCUCCUUGCUGGUUUCGCCGCUGCCAUUGUCUCCCAGCCCGCCGAUACUAUGCUGAGCAAGAUCAACAAGACCCAGGGUCUCCCUGGUGAGAGCACCACCUCCCGUCUCAUCAAGAUCGCCAAGGAGCUUGGCCUCCGCGGCUCUUUCGGUGGUAUUGGUGCCCGUCUCUUCAUGAUUGGUACCAUCACUGCCGGUCAGUUCGCCAUCUACGGUGACAUCAAGCGUAUCUUGGGUGUCACCGGCGGUGUCGAGAUCUCCAAAUAG